AUGUUUCGUAUGAUUCUACUGGCAGUUUUUCUGCAAAUGAGUGAAUGCAUUUUAACACCAGAUGGACUAAUGCAACCUCCAGGUAUGAAAAUUUUUGAGUCAACUGCAAAUUUCAAUCGAUAGAUUUUUGAAUACUCCUAGAUCAAAGUCGUAUAUCCUAUAUUGGAGUAUUUUGAGAGUUUUUGUAAGGUCAGCACAGUCAAUCAUUUCUAUGUAAGGACUGCAAAGAAGUCAAAACUAAACGGCAUCUCAAUUUUUUAGCCCCAGGUCAACUGCAGGGAAAUACCUCGACACAAAAAGAGGAAAUGUCGGCUUUUCAAGUCAUCGAACAGGCCAACAAUGCUGUUGGAAACUUACGAAGUAAGCACUGAUUUUUUUAGCUAGCAACUUAUCUUCUUUACUCUUACCGUAACCAAUCUCAUGAAUGACGACAUUCUUGUUGUUUCUUCCAAAAUAUACUUUGUGCACAAAAGUAAUUGAAAAAAAAAAAAUAAUAAAAAAAUUAAAAAAAAAAAAUAUAUAUAUAUAUAUACACUCCGUGACUGAGUUCGUAAUUUGCAGGUUUACCGUUUAUGUGAGCGUGCUCUGCGAUUAUAAAUACGGUUUUCAUUUAUUAAUUGAUUUAAUUUUUUAUACUUUUUGAGUGACGGACAGGAGCGGGCUUUUCUUGCACGAGGGAGAUAUCGAACUAACAGGCUGGCAACGGAAAAUUCUCAAGAAGCAGAACUCAGGAGGACGACAGAAGCGCGGUGCUAUGAGAAGUCUUGCUCGGCGGUGGAUGGAUUCAAGCGGGCGUCCUUUGAUUCCCUACUACAUCGAGGGCAGUGUGGGUGAGUGUGGACGCAUGAAUAGAAUGCAAAACUAUGGGUACUCUAAGUAAGCAAAUUUUCUUUCCCCAAGCCACGCGUGAUCAACCCUGAGGGACGUAGGUAGAGUUUUUAGCCAGGGAGUUAAGGGGAGGGGGAAGGGGGUUACGACAUUAGCCCAUUAAUCUAAGAUAUGAAUUAAGCAGAUCGCUCUCCACGUACCUUACACCUCGCCCCCUUUCCCUUGUUUACGCCCUUACAUUUCUCGUGUCGGAUGAAAUUAUUUUCGCCUAUUUUCAUUUAGAAAAACGGAAAGCAAUAUUAAUAUAUUAAAUUCAGAAGAGAUAAGCGCGCAAAUUAUGAUCGUUUUGGGAUGUGUGAAGACCUUACACUUUUCAUGAACUUUGACACGCAAUCUCGUCUUAACAGUAAUGGUUUUAAAACAUUAAGGUGUGGAUUUGUCUUGUUACAGCGCAUGCUCGCCGUGUUAUAGAUGCAGCCAUCAGACAAUGGAUGAGUAAAGUUCCUUGCCUGAGGUUCGUUCGAAGAACAACUCAUCGUAACUACAUCAGCUUCUUUUCUGGAGGAGGGUAAGGAAGAAACUCAAUUAUUGGGAAGGCCAGGUCGCUUAGACAACGUCAAAAGCACUGUUUGACGUCAAUUUUUCCAUCUAACAUUUGUGUUCUUUCAUUUUACAGCUGCUAUUCCAUGGUGGGACGAGUUGGAGGAGGACAAAAGAUUUCUAUUGGACGUGGCUGUGAUCACAUUGGCGUGGUCGUUCAUGAAAUUGGUGAGUGAAUAAGAAAAAAAGCUUAAGAAGUUUGAUUUAUUUGCUGCGGUAGUCUGGCAAGAUUUGAACUUCAGAAUCAAUAAAUCUUAUAUCUCAUCUUCUUUAUAAAACUAACAUUUGCUACGCAUUUUCUUUUAGGACAUGCUCUCGGGUUCUGGCACGAGCAAUCCCGUCCCGAUAGGGAUCGUUACAUCAACAUUCACUGGAAUAACAUUCCAAGCGGUAAGUGAAAUAAACCACUCGAAAGCCAUAUCAGCUUCAUCAUUUUCCCUUAAAUAACCUAAUAUAUCAAAUGAAAUAUUUAUGUAGGUAUGUAUCAUCCCUAUUAAAAGCGGAUAAAACUUUGUGAAACUUUAGUGAGCCAGAACAUGUUUCAUCGUUCUCCAAACCCAAAUUGUAAGAUUUGAAAGAUUUGGAUUGUUCAAAUUAUUAUUCAAUGUGAACCAAAGGUUUUUUGAUGAACUGAAGCUCCUAAUACUUCAACACAAUAUUUCGAAAAAGAAGUUCAGCAUACAUCGUCAAUUGUUUACACAUCAACUCAUUUUGAGUUCUAUAUUCCUCGUCCAGGAUUCCACUCCCAAUUCAGGAAGAUGUCGACAAGUGCCAUUAACUCACGUGGAGUCUCGUAUGAUUACGACAGUGUGAUGCAUUACCACUCUACCGCGUUUGGUAAUGGACGUAUAACUAUCACACGCAAAGAUGGCAGCACCAAGCUGGGAAACACUCGAGGAUUGAGCGCCAAGGAUGUUCAACAAGCGAACCUGAUGUACUGCAACGGACAACCAGUAACUUCAAAACCACCCACAGGUAUUGCUGCAUUGUUUUUUUUUUUUUUUUUUUUUUUUUUUUCCUCUGGCUAUGUUUUUAACCUGGAAAUGUUCCAGAUUCCACAAAGCAGCGAAAUUUGGGAUAUCCGGGACCCUUUAGCCAUCUGAUGCCCUCGUCAUGAUAACCAGCUUAAUGUUUCCCUCUGGUACAACUUCAUUCAAAUCAUCGGAUGUAAUGGGUACAAAAUUGGGAUUUCAUUUGGUACCUUCUUAAUUCAGAGCGUUCACUUUACAAUGUGUGAAAUCUAGACAAGUUUUGCCACUAAAGAUCUGACAAAACAAAAAACAGAAGGGCGAAGUUUCGAAAAAUCUCGGCACAGGUUCUAAUUCAGAGGGCAAACUUAAAAUCAAUAGUUCACGAUUCAAACUGCCGCAUUAAUCCUUUAACCCCAACAAGUGAUCAACAUGUAACUUCUUCCUACGAUAUAUUUACAUUAUGUUGCAUAAAGGUAUUGAGAAAACUCCAAUUUAUUAGAUAAUAAUUGUUAUCUUGAUCUGACACUAAAUUCUCAUAACUGAUUUACAAAGUAAUGUGCAGCAGCUGGAGGGGAGAAUUAACAGUCAGAUCUUGGGAAUUAAAAGGUUACAUGACUUUUCACAUCACAUUCCAAUAAAAAAAAAAUUAUAAAGUUAUAAUGUCUUGAUUCCAAUGCAUUUCCCCAACUUAUCACCCCACCAGCCUUUCCAAUAUUUUUUUUGGUACUUCCCACUAAUGUCAUUCUGCAAGUGUCUGGUAAGCUGUUGCAUCCUGCGGUCACAAAGUGAUUUGCUUUCAUCAACAGGUUGUCGAUACAAAGAUAAUAACCGCAACUGUCCAUCUUGGAAGGCCAGGGGUUACUGCACACACACAUAUCAGGCGUAUAUGAGACGAAACUGCCAAAAAAGUUGCUUCUGCGGAACAAGUGAGUUAAUUUUUUCCCUAACCUGUCCAGUUUAUCAAAUUUCACGAGUUCAGUCCGUAUGUUGCUUAUCAUUUAAUAAUCAUUACAAGUACUUUAACUGGAACAAUUUGUAAUUUUAUGCGUGUCUUUUGUGUCAAAUCAUAUCCACCUUGCUCUGAUUUUUAUAAAUUCUUUUUUAAUCUUAAGACUUAAGGAUGAUAGCAUUCAAUUGAAUGAAUGAGUGAUCAAUCUAUUUAUUGAAUUAACCGUUGAUUGUUUCCACAGACACCAACUGCGCUGACCUUCAUCAAAACUGCCCAAAUUGGAGAAGAAGAGGUUUCUGUCGUCGAAACUCACAGUACUACACCUACAUGUCAACUAAUUGUAAAAAAUCCUGUGGCUUAUGCUAAGAGCGCUUAGUUUUCAGUGCAAGAGUUGUAUUAUAAACUAGUAUUUUUUUAAAGGAAAAAUGUAAAACCGCUCUAAGCAUUUUUUUAAUCCAAUCUUAAGUUUUUAGGUGCAUUAAUAAAAUGUGUAUUCUUUAAUAAAUAGUUUCUUUUCUCUCUUUUCUUUCCAAAGUAAUAGUUAAUAAAUAUAGAUGAAUUUUUGACGCUGCAAGGAAGAAAUCAAGCAGCAGCUUGCUGGACAUUAAAGUGACGUUCUGUUUACUUGUCUUUAAAUAUAUAUAUUUAAGCAAGCGCGAGCUGAACCCGAGGCAAGUGGGCGAAUAGUGCGAGGAUAGUUUGCGGAACUGGAUGCACUCAAAUGAAAGAGUCAUUUUUUUUAACGCACAACUGAUAAAUUUCCUUCAUUUGUUUUGCGUUUUUCAGGUGAACUUAGGUAAGCGCGAGGCGCGCGUAACAGAAUCGCGCCAGCAACGCAUAUUGAUGUACGAGCGCAAGGAGUUGAGUAAUUUUUUAGGCGCCAGUCCCCUUCCGUUCUCCAACUAUAGAAGCUCUUGAAUGUUAAAUAAAUUCCCCUUGUCGUACCAUACGAUAUGAUUAGAAAACAGUAUGAAGAAUAUUUUUGUUGGGUUGUAAGGGGUCAAGGAGACUUCAGAAAAGGUCCUUGGGUUGGAAAGGUUUCAAUGUAUACAGUUGUUUUGCUGUUUCGACGUUUCGAAUCGUUUGCACGUCUGACUUAUGUCUGGGUACUCACAUGCAGUAAACGUGAUUUGUCUGUCAAAUUGACAAGUCGGGGAGUACAGUGGGGUUUAUAUAAACAUUUUUUAGACAUUUUCGAGGUUUCUCGAGCACCGAUGUUGUUAUUUUUUUAAAGAUAUUUACUUUAAAGAGGUAAAACGCGCGUUUUGUCAACAAGCGCUGUGUUACAGGAGGUUUACAAUAUGCGCCACGUGCUACCGGAUAAUAAUGACCAAGUUUGUCUUAGUCAUACACAAUGGAAUGAUGACAGAAAAGUGAGAUAUGACAGGACAGAAAAAUAUCCAACUGUGUUUUACCUGUGUAAUAAAAAUUGAAAACAAAAUCAUUUGUCACGUCUGCCACAACUUUGAUGAUAUAGUGUCUAAGAAGAUUAACGCUUGCUACAGUCUAAAGCUGACCGUUGCAUAUUAGUUAGACAUGAUAUCCUUUUGGGUUUGUGCAGCUUUGUUUGUGGUAGCACAAGUUGAGGAAUCGUCUGCAGCUCCCACAGGUAAAAUUUCGCUUUUGUACUACGCAGUUCAAAUUGCAGCCGUGUUUGAGUUUAGAGCUUCGUUUGUCUUACUCCGCGCGAAUAAAUUACCUCAGCUCUCGGGCACUCAAUCUGCCCUCAAUUAAUUUAACUUUUUGUUUUCCCAGCUUGGUCAUCUUACAGAUCGGGGAAAAAUGGCACGAAAAAAUUCAAAAUUACGCGGUGUUUAUUCUUUUACACACUGUUUUUUCCAUUCAUCAGUGGUCCUCUCCUUGAACUGCACUAGUUCCGCUAGUUCCGUUCUAGUUUUUGAAAUUUGUAUUGAACAGUCGAUAAUUUCUAUUGAAGUAUAGUGAAGAAAAUAAAACUAAUCAUCAGCUGGAUUUUUGCUAGUCUCAGAUCAGCUACAAGGAAAUUCGUCGAAAGCAAAUACCUCGACAGCAAGAGCGGAGUUCUCCGCCUCCGCCUUCCAAGCGAUCGAACAGGCCAACAAUGCAGAGGCAAACUUACGAAGUGAGCACUGAUUUUUUUCAUUAAUUUAUCAAAUUUUCAGAUUUGCUUCAUCCUUAUGCUUUAUCUAGUCUUAUGAAUGACGGCGUUAUUGUUGUGGCUUAAAAAAGUUUUCGCGUAAUACGACAGUAAAAAUCUGUGACCAUGUUCAUUACUUGUGGGUUUAAUGUUCAUGCAAGUGCACUGUGCGACUGACUCGCUUGUCAUUUAUUCAUUAAUUGUUUUUAUUAUCAUCAACAUUAUUCAAGUGUCAGACAGAAGCGGGCUUUUUUUACACGAGGGAGAUAUCGAACUAACAGAAAGCCAACGAAAAAUGAUCAAAACCCAGAUCUCUGGCGGACGACAGAAGCGCGCUACAUUAAGAAGUCUUUCUCGGCGUUGGAUGGAUUCAAGCGGUCGUCCUUUGAUUCCCUACUACAUCGAGGGCAGUGUGGGUGAGUGAGUGCUUAUAAAAAUCUACAGUAUCUAGUUUCUCUCAGCAGCAGUUUUUGCCCACGCCUGAAUAACCGCAAACCUCACUUCUGCGACACGGGCAAAGUUUCUAGAGAGGAGUAGGGCGUAGUGGGGGGGGGAGGACACUAGCGCCCUAGUAAAAUUUUCCUGAUAUGCUAGGUUAUUAUUACUGUAUUGCAUGUGGAUCGAACUGACCUUGCGUUCCUCGUAUCAGAUAAAAUAAGUUUGCGCUUUUUUUAUUUUGAAAAACGGAAAGAUAAAGGAAGCAAUAUAUAUACAUAUUCAGUGAGAAGGGAGAUCUGUUGCGCAAAUGAUGAGUGAUUUUUGCUUUAACUUUAACCCGCGAUCUCGUCUGUACAGUGAUGAUUUUGAAGCAUUAGGGUGUGGAUUUUGACUUGUUGCAGCGCAUGCCCGCGGUGUCAUAGAUCAAGCCAUGAGACACUGGAUGAGUAAAGUUCCUUGCCUGAGGUUCGUUCGAAGAACAACUCAUCGUAACUACGUCAGUUUCUUUUCUGGAGGAGGGUAAGGACGCAGUCAUUGUUUUUACGUCUACACUGUAGGCCAGGUUACCAAUACAUCUGCAGCGGGGCUCUUUGAUGUCAUCGCGCCGUCUAACAUUUGUGUUAUUUCACUUAACAGCUGCUAUUCCAUGGUGGGACGAAUUGGAGGAAGACAGAAGAUUUCCAUUGGGCGGGGCUGUAAUCAAAUUGGCGUGGUUGUUCAUGAAAUUGGUAAGUGGUUGAGGAAAAAACUAAUAAAAUUUGAAACAUUUACUGCGCAAUUCUGACAAAAAAUUGGCUCGUCAAGAUGGAGAACUUUAUUACCUUCAAGCCCUUUUUCAUAUUUACUUUUAUUCUGAUCGGAUUUUAGGAUUACUUUGGUUUUGGUUUUACGAGACUCGGAAAAAAGCGUUUUAGUGUAUCUCGGAACCAUUUGUAAGCCCUUCACGCCAAGAUCUCACUAGUGACUCUCUUUACUGUCUGCCAAACAAUUCUUAUGACGUUAGUGCGGGGAAUUUGGUAUUGGAUCAACUAGUAAUUCCCCUGAUUGAUAUUUUUCUUUAUCGUAAUAUCUUGUCUGCUUGAUUUAUUAUUGAUAUUGUGGGGAGAAAUUAUACGUUGGUCACUCAUGGGUUAACUAUGAAAACAGAUGAUGGAAAUCAUAGACAUUUUUGAGCUCGGUCAUCAAGCAGACGCUUCUUAUCACCAGCGCAUAAAUUCAUUUCUUGCUAGUAAGGACGAGGGACAAGCAGCUACUCAAUAUUAUGUUUAUAUACGAAUAACAUUUAAUUUAGAGAGUCUCUCUCACCCGAAGAAGCCUCCCAAAAAUAAUAUUUGUUUUAAUUACUUUUCAGGACAUGCUCUCGGGUUCUGGCACGAGCAAUCCCGUCCCGAUAGGGAUCGUUACGUCAACAUUCUCUGGAAUAACAUCCCAAGCGGUAAAUGAAUUAAGCCAUAUAAUCAAGUUGUCAUGCCAGUCAAUAGCGGGCAGAAACUCUGCCAAACCAGAGUAGCACAGGAAAACUAAACUAACUUUGGCGAGAAAAAAUUUCUUCAUUGUAAACUACAAACCUAAAAGAUUGGGAUUGUUUGAAUUGUUAUUCCAUAUCAAAUAAAAACCAGCAAAUGGGUAUAUAUUACCUUAUCUUGAUUCGUAUGUUUGUUCUCCAGGAGUCCGCUCCCAAUUCACGAAGAUGUCGACAAGUACCAUUAACUCGCGUGGAAUCUCGUAUGAUUACGACAGUGUGAUGCAUUACCACUCUACCGCGUUUGGUAAUGGACGUAUAACCAUCACACGCAAAGAUGGAAGCACCAGGCUGGGAAACAGUCGAGGACUGAGUUACAAGGACAUUCAACAGGCAAAAUUGAUGUACUGCCCUGGACAACCCACAAGUAGACCUGUUACUGCAAGACCAAGGCCGCCCACGGGUAACCAACACGCCUCUGUUUCCUUUUUCCCCGGCAAUUUUUUUAGCUUGAAGUUUUUCCUGAUUUUGCAAUGUCCAGUGAAAUCUGACACCUACCGGAUCCGAUCUGGUGCAUGCGUUAAAAUCACUAGCUUAGUGUUUCUCGCAUCGUCUUAACGCUGUUACCCCCAGAAGUGAUUAACAUGUAACUUCUCCCCAUAAUAUCUGUACACUAUCCAGAAAAUAAGUGAUGAGAAUACUAAAACUUAUUAGGUAGAAGCUGUUAUGUUGAUCUAAUACAAAAUUCUCAUAACUACUUUACAAGGAAAUGCUUAGCAGCUAGCGAGGAGAAUUAACAAUCAAAUCUUAGGAGUGAAAGGGUUAAAUGGGCACCUCACUGGGACUGCAGUUAGUGUCUGCUUGACACAAAGCGUCUGCUUGAUAUGGGGCUAGCCUCACAAGUUUUGCUAAAAACGAUUUUAAAUGAUGAGCAACAGCCAAAGUUCAAAAAAAUCUCGGCACAGGCUCUAUUUCAGAGGAAAAACUUCAAAGGAAUAAACAGAUCCGCAAUUCCUUUCAAAGGAAUAUUUUGAUUUAAGAACAAUUUGAACUGUCGCGUUUAGCCAAUAAUACCAUUAUGAUCCUGUGCAUUUUCCCAACUCACUCUCUCACCAGUCCUUUUUACUCACUUCCCACUCACGUCACUCUGCUUGUAUCUGUUACGUUGUUGUAUACUGCAGUCACAGAUAUUUCUAAUACUGAGAGAUCUGCUUUCAUCAACAGGUUGUCGAUACAAAGACAAUAACCGAAACUGUCCAUUUUGGAAAUCCAGGGGUUACUGCACGCACACACAUCGGACGUACAUGAGACGAAACUGCCAAAAAAGUUGCUUCUGCGGAACAAGUUAGUUUCUCUUCACAAACUGUCCAGAAUGAGACGUUAAUGAUCAUUAGUAGUAAUUUAACUGCACCACAUUGUAACUUUGUGUUUGUAUUGUUUAAAUAAUUGUAGCGACUCUGCUUUUGUUAGAAAUUUAUUCAUUUAUGAAUUUUCAUAAAAAAUAAUAAUAAUGAUAACAAUAAUAACAAUAUUCAUGAUAUUUGAUGAUUAAUUCAACGGCUUUUAAUGGUCAGGGUCAAUUAGAUGAGUUAUUUCAUGCGCUGAAAUGGUUAAUUGAUUUAUUUAUCUGUUUGUUUUCUCAGAUACCAACUGCCGUGACCUUGAGCGACACUGCCCAGCUUGGAGACAGAGAGGUUACUGUCGGCGAAACUCGCAGUACUACACCUACAUGUCAAAAAAUUGUAAAAAAUCCUGUGGCUCCUGCUAAACCAGCUUAGUCUGCGAAGCUGGAAAAAUGUGAAAUCACUCUGAGGCAAAGUUUGUUGUAGCCGCACGUUUUUCAAUGCGUUAAUAAAUUGUUUAUUCUCUAUCUGAUUUUUUCAAUAAAUAAUACCAGGGUAUUAAAGCCGGGAAGCUAUUUCAACAGUUUUCAAGUUAUUACUACAUACGCAUUAGUUUACCGAGCAGAAACUGUCUGCUUCAAGUAAACUCCUUGAGACGUGUGCGUGUCUGACGCAGGUAUGGUGACAGGUCACCCACGCUAAACGUUACCGUGAUUUGUCUGGCAAAGUAACAAGCUGGGAAACAUGGAAGGUUCAGUCAGUGAGAAUUCUUCAUUCAUUUUCUCGGGGUUCCUAGAAAAAUAAAACGUUAUUUUUUUAUGGUUAUCAUGACGAAAGCUGUUGAAUCUGGAAGUUAAUUUGGAAUAUAAAUCAAAGUCGGGGGAAAAGUGCGUUUUAGCAGACGCUGUCUUGCAGGAGUUUUCCAAUAUGCGUUACGUGCAACCAGAUCAUUAUGACCACGAUGGAUUUGAUCAGGUCAAAAGGUAAGGCAAAGUGAGAUAUGAGAGGGCAGAAAAAUAUCCAGCUGUGUUUUUUCCCACGACAUCCGCAUCAUUGAGCAAUAAAAGUGUCUACGUAAUAGGAAUUGAUGAAAACACAUUAGUCACGUCUGCCACAACUUUGAUUAUAUAAGCAGAACAAGAAAGCUUUUCUAUUACGCUUGUUGUAGACUGAAGCUGAUCCCUGGAGAUAAGUUCAACAUGAAAUUGUUGUGGAUUUGGGCAGCUUUGCUUGUGGUAGCACAAGUUGAGGAAUCAUCUGCAGCUCCCACAGGUAAAAUGCGUGUAAAAUUUCUCCUCUACACUGCGCACCUCAAACUUUAGCCACGGUUUACGUUUAGCACUUCGGUCGUUUUCCGCGCAAAAAGAUUAAACCACAGCCAUUUAUGCUCUUCCAUUUAUCCGCCUUCUUGUCAUUUUUUUUUCCAACUUCCUCGCUCCGUUUGGCUGAUGUUCUCAGUAAUGUGGAGACAUGUUCCACGUGCAAACGAUGCAGGAGCAGAAGGCUUUGUUGUGACUUUGUGCUUUUGUUAAGAUUCUACAGAUGACAUCUGCUACACUCGCAACACAACGAACGGAAAGUGCUGUGUGUUUCCAUUCACUUACAGAGGCGUGGAUUACUAUGAGUGCACAACGAAAGAUUUUGGGAGAGAAUGGUGUUCUUUAAAUGAUGUCUAUGAAACUCACAGGCAAUGGGGAUUUUGUGGUAAGUUUCGAUAAAUGCUUAAAAAUGAGCGAACAUUAGCGCGUGUAUGUCUAUUGUGAGCUACUACGAUAUCCAAUUUCUAAAAGUUUACAGACGUCACAGGCCAUGGAUGUUUCAAUCGGUCAGGAAAUGUUUGUAACUGGAAAGUAACAACAAAUAUCUGGGAAUCACCAAGAGAUAUGAGGCAACAAUUUUGGAUCAGGCGGCAUAUUAAAUCAGAAGUUAUGCGCACUUAUUGAUUAGAUUUAACAUCUCCGUGAAAUACUCCUUGUUUUUUUUGUCAAUUAUCGACUGCUGAGUUGCGAAGCUACUACAGCUCGAUAUGCCAUUAAAAUAAUCCCCAGGAUCACUUAUCAGUGGAACAAUCAAUCACUUCCACGGUCACAAAAGAAAUUUCCCUUUUGAUGACGGAUACAGUUCAAAGUGCCACAUAUUGACAAUUUCGGUCAUUGGCGUUACACUGUCUGCGUAAAUCAUGGUUUGUGCCGGCUCUCCGCAUAGGGUACACUAUGAUGACCUUGGAUAACCGCAAUAAAAGCCCACGGUUUGUCACGCUUCAGGUGUAAGGUUGGGUAGAGUGCUUGACGAGUUGGUUCGAAAUUUACAAUAACAUGAUGAAAAAAAAAAAUUGCAGCAAAAUACUCGUUCGGAAUAUUCAUAGAUUCCAAUUUUUUCUCUGCUUAGCCCUCUUACAGACCGAAACAAAUUGGCACGCGAACUUGCAAAUUUACGUGGUAGAUCCGGGGUGUUUAUUCUUCAUUUUUGUUUAUAAUCCCAACCUUUAACUGCGCUAUAAUUAGUAAACCCCUCGUUUUCUCUCACAUUUAGCACUUAUCCCUUCAAAGAUUUGUUUAUAUUAACCAAGCUAAUUUAUGUUUAUCCUAGCAAACGAGACAAUGAAGCCUGUCUUUGACACCAUUCUUGAAGCAACAGGAGAAAAUGGCAGGUCCAGAGGUAAAUUAUUUCACGUUUUUAACUAUACAGUUACCAGAUAAGUCGAGAAAAACUGGUUUCAUGCUACAGACUGUUAAGUUCAGGUACUCUCGCGAAAAACUCCACAACCGCGCACAAUAUCGCAAUAUAUAGAAUUUUAAACGCCUUUUAUGGUUGAUAUUCCUGCCCUUACUCUGAUCUUUUUUCCUGUUUAGAUGGAAAAGAAGCUUUGUUUCAAGGUGACAUAAUCAUGACCCGAGAAAUACGUGACAGCCUCAACAGUCGCGGGAUCCUGGUGCCUCCCAAGAGGAUGGCAAAACCUCAGAGCAGACGAAAGAGGGCGAUCAUGAGGGUGUCUAGAGGCAGCGACCUUCGAUGGCUUGUUGGUAGUAGUGGAAAGCGAGAAGUCCCCUAUUACAUUACAAGCUCGAACCGUGAGCAUACGUCUAACUAAUUUUAUAAUAGGUCUUUGAGUAUCUCUCUUAAUAUUUUGCUUUUGAAUAUCAUGAAAUUGUUUCUAUCGUUUCAGUGUUAGGCUUCAUCGUAGAUUUUAAAAGAAUAAUUCGAUUUUUACACCUUCAGAUAAUGUGCGUGGAGUUAUCCUGCGUGCUAUGAAGCACUGGGAGGAAAGAGUGCCUUGCCUAAAAUUCGUACAGAGGAGCAGGGAGAGUCGUUACCUUAGUUUCUUCUCCGGUGGAGGGUGAGGAGCAGAUGCUUAUAUCGUCAAAGACUAACUUAGCGACGGAGGAAUUAAUUAAGUGGCAACAUUAUAGACUUAAUACCUGCUUGCUUGCCUAACGGACUUACUGAAAGACUGACUGAAUGCCUCACUGGCUCAAUGGCUGACUGACAGACUAACAGAGUGGCUGACUCGCUGACUAACUGACUCACUUGCUCACUGACUCACGAGGUAACGGACCGACUGUCUGACCGACUGACCAACUAACCGACUGACUGACUGAUUGAUUGACCAACUCUCUGACUGACUAACUCAAUGAGUGACUCACUCACUCACUGGCUCACUGACCUACGGAGACACAAACCAAUUGACUGACCGACCCACUGACUGACCAACUAACCGACUGACUGACUGACCAACUGACUGACUAACUCAAUGAGUGACUCACUCACUCACUGGCUCACUAACUUACAGGGUAACUGACCGAUUGACUGACUGACUGACUGACUGACUGACCAACUAACCGACUGACUGACUGACUAACUCAAUGAGUGACUCACUGGCUCACUGACUAACUUACGCGCUGAAUGACGUAGUCACUAACUGACUUACUCACUAAGUUUAUUACGGACACACAUACCAUUACUUCUUUGCAGUGGAUUACAUGAAUAAUUUCUCUGAACUAUUAACCCAUCACAAUUAAUAAACACACGUUAACUGUUACUUUAUUUUGAUCUUUCAAGGUGUUAUUCUAUGGUAGGCCGACAGCCUGGCUCGGGGCCUCAGAAAAUCUCCAUUGGAAAUGGUUGUGGUUAUCUGGGUGUAGUAGUGCACGAGAUAGGUAUGGCAAAUCUUUGUAACAGUAUCUGUUUCUUCUAUAGUUGGAGCUUACGUGAGGUCAGCUUAGAGGAUAGAGCGCAGUCGAGUCUAAUUUAUUGUUUACUAAUUGUUUGUUUCAUAACAACUUCCAAUGAUUUGUUUUUUUUUCUUUGUAUCCCGCAGGACAUGCCCUCGGAUUCUGGCACGAACAAUCCCGUCCUGACAGAGACUCUUAUGUGACAAUUAACUGGCAAAACAUCCAAACGGGUAUACUUUAAAAUUUUUAUUGAUGACAACGCACCUACUUUGAUGGCUGAAGUUUAAAGUUAUAUCUUAAAAUAUGGGUAAGAUUUUUGCGUGGUUAAAAUAUUCAAUUUUUUUUUCCCGCUAAGGUAUGGCGUACAACUUUCAUAAAUAUGGAACCAAUCGGGUAGACAGUCGGGGCGUCUCGUAUGAUUACGACAGUGUUAUGCACUAUUCCUCCACGGCCUUCGCUAACCGCAGGGGAGUAAGAACUAUCGUCGGCAAGAACGGCCGCACUAACCUUGGUCAGCGGUAUGGGUUGAGUAGAUUAGACGUUGAGCAAGCCAAGAUGUUGUACUGUGGUCAGCGACCCAAGCCACAAACACCUCCGCCACCAGGUAAGUUUACCAAACAGACAGCUAUGCUUUUAAUAUUAUUAGUUAGCCAGCUAAUGUGUUAUCAAGUCUUUACCGAUUGGGUCUAGAGUUUUUUCCGUCAGGUGUCAUUCUGUCUUCCGUCAAUUAAUAGAAAGGUGUGAAAUCAGUCUUUCAAAUGAGUCACGGAGUUCACCAGUCGAUAAAUCGUUAAGACAAUCAAUCUGUCUGUCCGUCUGUCCGUCAGUUAUCUGUCUGUCUUUCUGUCUGUCUGUGUCAUUGAACCAGUAUAUUUUAGUCUGUCAGUGGGUUAUUCGCUGAGUCAAGACAUGGAUCAACGAUAAAAAAAUUCAACUUAAUGUUAUGUGAUAAAUCAGUAACUCAUUUUCGUUAACCGCGCACAUAAAAAGCUGAGGAGUUGAGCUUUUUCCCUUAUUAAGUUGAAAAUUGGCUGAAAGAAUCCCUAACCCAGGAUUUACAGUCUGAACUUUUCUAACCCACCGUUGAUUGUCGCCAUCUUUCCAUAAAUAAAAAAUUUCCGGCUGAACAACAUGUUCAGCAAUGAGACCGAUAAACGUACCGCUGGUGACUUGAAAAUAUCAAUAGUAUAUUAUACCUCCCUCGCUCUCAAGGUGACCAAAUAAGAAUUUCUCCUUACAGAAUCAAAACGUUUGCAAGUACCAAGGUGAUGAAAUUAGGUACAAUAUCACUUACGGAGGUUUUCCGAAUCAACACUAAAUUCAUAGAGCUAAUAUUUAAAAAAUGCAUGACAAAUUUAGAUAUUGUCGUUAUUUUUAUUUUGAAUUCAACGAUUUCUUUUUCAAGUUUUUUAUCUUCUAUUUUGGGACAGGUUGUUCUCCUGAUCGUCACGAUUGGUGCCCAUAUUGGGCCAGUGAAGGAUACUGCACUGAUCCACGAUAUUCCACAUACAUGAAUACAGACUGUCAGACGAGCUGCAAGAGGGGGUGCCAAAAACCUCGUGAGUAGAAAUCAGUACAGUGCUCAGGGGCGGAUACAGGGUGUUUUGAUGCGGGCAAGGGAGGGGGUCAAAGCUUUUAUUCGGAAAACAUAGGUUGUUGUUGUUGUUUUUUUUUUUUUGCAUUCUAGUCUAAAUGAGCUACGAAAUAUUUCUGAGUAGUAACUUGCGAUCCUGUCGUUGCAAGAAUUGUGGUGUCAGACAAAUAAUUAAAAUUUUGCAGGUCUUAUAAUGGGGCCUGGGCUCCAUCGACCCUCCUCUUGGAUCCAAUCAACUAGACCUUUUAGCUAGUCUCGUGUCCAGGCCUUCCAUGGCCAAGUAGUCCUACACUCCAGUUGCAGCUACACGGUAGGAUCCCCCCCACACCCACUCAUGCCUCCCUGUCGAGAUAAACAUAAUCUGGAAGUAACUGAUGAUUGGUCACGAAUCUGCGUUGCACUCUUUGUGUUUAAGGCUACAUCUUUAUGAAUUUGCAGUAAGACAUUGUGUUUCCUUUCCCGUUUACUCAGCCAUCUGCAAAGACGAACACAAAUAUUGCGCAAGUUGGAUGAAAGAGCCUGGAGAUUACUGCAAGAAGUACGAAUCAUACAUGAAAAUUUACUGCAAGAAGAGCUGUGGAAAGUGUUAAUUGAUACAAAUUUUAUUCCCAUUUCUCAUAAUCGAUCGAUGAUUAAAAUUAAUGAUUGAGUGGCAUUUCGAAAUAAAACCUUGGUGUU